AUUACACACUCCCGGCAAAGGAUAAUCAUCAGACACUUCCUCAGGGCUGCGUUCAGAAAUUUCACCUAGGUGCAUCUAGAACGCCACCAAUCGGAUCGAUUGCACGCGCAUGACUGUCAAGCACUCAAGACGUCUCAAAACCAGUCAAGACGUUGAGGUUUCCUUGUCCGGUGUAAACUCUAGCUCCGCGCUUCGUUUGGCAAUCAUCUGUUCGCACUUCGCGCUCCCGAGGUCCGAGAUUGACAGAAGGUUUUCAACGGUUACUCCAACGUUUAUCAGCGGUGUGCACGAGCAAGUUUCUCGUUUCGUCCGGAUCGCACGUUUACGCAGCAAACCUCGUCGCCGAGGAACGUGCCGAGUCGAGCCGUGAAUUGGUUAUUUGUCGUGUGUGAGCGAUCGGUCAGUCGCUCACGUUGAGUCACGGAGGAGAAUUUGUUAAAAAAGGAAAGAGCGCGUGGCAGAGCCCGAGAGUCGUUUGAUUAUGUGCGCGAAAAUGGCCUUUCAGCAUCAGCCGGGUACCGCGAUGGAGUGCCUAAGCAUACCAAUUACAUUACACAAAGAAACGGAAAUCAAUGAAAAUGGCGAAGAAGUAAUGAAAUGCGGAUUUAAAAUUGGUGGUGGUAUUGACCAGGAUUUUACAAAAAGUCCACAGGGCUAUACCGACAAUGGGAUAUAUGUAACGGAAGUACACGACGGAUCACCAGCGGCAAAAAGUGGUCUCAGGAUGCAUGACAAGAUAUUGCAAUGUAAUGGGUAUGACUUUACGAUGGUAACUCAUAAGAAAGCGGUUUCUUAUAUAAGAAAGCAUCCAGUAUUAAAUUUGUUAGUUGCGCGUAAAGGUGUUACUAGUACUUAAAAAUAAGAGUACUUAAAAAGAGAUGCCAAAAGAGAUUUUUAUUGACAGAUAUUUAUUUCAUAUUACAUUUUAAGGAGGUUUGCCUAUCCGAUGUAUUUUUCUGCCAAAUAUUACAGUACGUAUUAGCAGCCUCUGUCUAUUAAUUAAUAUGUAGAAAUUAGUUCAGAAUAUAUAUAAAGACAAUGUUAAAUCAUGGGACUGAAAAAGUUAAGGUUUCUCUGUUUAAUUUAAGGUUGAAAAAACAGAUGUUAUGCUUACUUGAUACUAUUAGUAUCUUUAUAAAGAUGUUUAAAAAGAGAAAUGCCAAAGUAUAAUAAUGUUGCAUUAAGUAUAUAUAUCUUUGACUCUAAUUGAUAUUGGAUAUUCUUUCUCUAGAAGAGUCCUGCCAAGAAUUUAUACUACAUGCAUCUUUUUUGAUGCAUUUCAGUCAUCAAAUCUAAACAUUAAUUACUUUAUAAUUUUAUAGUCAAAGACAUACAUAAUAGACAUAAUAUCAAUUUUUAUAUACUCUAUUUGAUAUACUUGUAAAAGACUCCAGCUAUAGUCCAGUUGUAGCAAAAAAGCAGAAUUAAUAGUUGUAAGAAAAGAUAUUGGAGACUUUCAAAUCUUCCAUACACAAAUUUAUAUCAUUCUGUCUGAGUUAUUCUCUUUGAAAUAUACAUUUAUAAAAAA